AUGGCUCCUCCUGAUCGAUCGACGUCAAGCCUGAUGCUUGCGGAUAUCAAAGUCUUGGCCGGCCUGUUUGUUGCAUGGAAGCUCCUGCUACUCUGUGUAGCUUAUAUCAGCCCCGGACCUGGCUACGAUACGUCUACCACGUUGCUCUUGCUCCGUGCGCAGUCCGCGCAGUCCGAAAACACCCUUCUGGAAGAUCUUGCGAAACGACUCGCAUCAAAACUUGUUCGCUGGGAUGCCUUGUACUUUGUGAGUGUUGCACAACGAGGCUAUGUAUUCGAGCAAGAAUGGGCCUGGGGAUGGGGCUAUACUAAGUUCGUAGGCUUGGUGUCCAAUGGUUGGUUUGGUGCAAGUGACUCUAUGGUGCCAUGGCUGAACUCAACAUCAGUCUUACCUGGCUCCUCGCUAUCACCGCUGUAUGCUCAAGCAUAUGCGGGAGUAUUGAUAUCUCAUGUUGCCCAUUCACUUUCUGUCAUCAUGCUUUAUAAGCUGGUCCAUCAAUUGCCCAUCAUGGAUAAGAAGCAGCGUCAUGCGACUGCUUUUCUCGCAGCAUCUAUGCAUAUUUUCUCGUCUGCCGGCAUGUUCAUGUCCGCACCUUACUCUGAGAGUCUCUUCUCAAUGCUCAAUUUUGCUGGUAUCCUAAUACAUGCUCGCAUCCCAUGGAACUCACCUCUCGAGGACUACGGCGCAUCGUCUCUGCUUAGCUUGUUGUCGUCUGGUGCGUGCUUCGGAUUGGCUACCACUGUCCGUAGCAAUGGCAUCUUUAGUGGACUCAUCUACUUCCACCAUGUCUACAUGUUGCUCCACUCCCGGAUCAACAUUCGCACUAUGAUAACGAUCGUGUUCAUUGGCCUCUCUGCCAUGAUGAUUUUAUCUGGUAUGCUUUUCCCGCAGUACAUGGCUUAUCAAGACUUUUGUGCAAGGCCGUCAGAUGGCGAACCAAGGCCUUGGUGCUCGCGAACCUUGCCCAGUGUUUAUUCUUGGGUACAAGAACAUUAUUGGAACGUGGGGUUUCUCCGUUAUUGGACUCUCUCCAACAUCCCCCUCUUCUUGUUAGCAUUGCCAAUGCUGUACGUUCUCGUCGGCACCGGCCUCAUUGCUCCCACUCUGAACAUCAAAUCAUCGGCGCUACAGUCCAAGCAUGCGUCAGUCUACAUCUUAUGUCUGGCUCUCCCGCAAAUGCUCUUAGCAUUGCUGGCUUUAACAACAUUUCAUGUGCAAAUAGUCAACCGCAUCGCUACCGGUUACCCGAUCUGGUACAUCGUGCUUGCGGCGACUAUGGUCUCACCAAUGGACACGAAAAGAUCCGACAAGACAGCUACAUCACACAGAGCAGAUUCAUCUAUUGCAAAGAUCGGGUCAUAUAUGAGUAAAGCAUCUACGCAAGAGCUGAUGUUUCGAGGAAUGUUCAUGUACUCCAUUAUCCAAGGUGGGCUUUACGCUAGCUUUAUGCCUCCAGCAUGA